AUGAGGAGCCUGCCGAACAUCAUCGUGACGGGCGUGCCCGGAGUGGGCAAGACGACUCUGUGUGAGGAACUAGUGGAAAUAAUAAACAAGGAAUUGAAGGAAGACCAACAGGUAGAACCAGCUAGCCAAAUGAUACAUCUAAACCUUUCCAAAGUUAUAAAAGAGGAAAGACUCUACGAAGAAUUUGAUGACCAAUUAGAUGCAAGCAUCUACAGUAACGACAUGGUAAACGAGAAAUUGGAGAAACUAAAAUUAGAAAAUGGAGGAUACAUAAUAGACUUCCACGAUGUAGAUUUCCUCGAGCAAAAGGAACUCAUCGAUCACAUUUUUUUAUUAACCACUUCGACAAAUAAGUUGUAUGAACGACUGGAAAAAAGAAGCUACUCCAAGGAGAAGAUAAAAAAUAAUAUCGAAUGCGAAAUAUUUCAGGUCAUAAAGGAGGACAUCCUCACGUACUAUAAUGACCCGUCCAUUUUUGAUGAGCUGGGGAACAACGACAUGGAACAGUACGAGAGCAACCUGCAGCUGAUCAAGGGUUGGGUACUCUCCUGGGCGAAGAGCGGUGAGGCGCUGCCACGGUGA